AUGCAGCCGCACAACAGGUGUCACUGGCUCCUAGCCGCCGCCGUCGCAACCCUCGUGUCCCAUGCGGCGGCCCAGGCCAACGGGCCGUGCGACGGGCGGACGCCGGCCUUCAUCCUGGCGGGCGACUCGACGACGGCGGUGCAGUCGGCGCUCGGGGGCGGCUGGGGCACGGGGUUCCUGUCCUUCCUCAAGCCGCCCGGCUGGGGGUCCAACCACGGGCGCAACGGGGCCACGACGGCGUCGUUUGUCGACGACGGCGAGUGGGAACGCGUCAUCCAGCAGGUCAAGGACUCCAAGGCUGCGUACGACUGUAUUGUGACGAUUCAGUUCGGACACAACGACCAGAUACCAUCAAGGGGCGUAAGCCAGCAGCAGUACCGAGAUAACCUCGAGAACUUUGCCCAGCAGGUCAAGGAUGCAGGCGGAACGCCACACGAAGCCACCGACACGCUCGCCAACGAGCGGCGGCUGUCCAUGGCAGCGGCGGCGGCGACGCAGACGCGGUUCCUGGACCUCAACGCCGCCAGCAUGGCCUACAUCGAGGCCAUCGGUGCCACGGCCGCGCACCGCCUUGACUCCAAGCCCGGCGACACCGAGCAUGUCGGCGACCACGGCAGCGUCGUCUUUGGCCGCAUGGUCGCCGACCUCCUGCUCGGCCACGAGGCCGUCGUCGGCGGCGCGUCGGCGGCCGAGGACGAAGACGACGACAACUCGUUUGCGACCUACGAUGAUGACGCCUACGGCGGCGUGCUGGUCAAGCAGUCGCCCGACCUGCAGGGCGUCGACGGCGGCUUCGACGGGCCGGCGCCGCUGCCCGAGUGUUUGAAGCAGUGGUUCAAUGAGGACAAGGAGCUUAGCGACAAGAUAUGGUCGGGGAUCGAAGCGUGA